AUCCGCUCACACCUUGGGUGAAAUAAUGCCGCAGUCAAACCAUUCGCUCCAGGCCAAACUCUGCAAAGCGGUGGCCUGAAGCUCACCAAGAAACCACGCCACCGCCGAGCAGACAAGCAAGCAAGCGAGGAGGAGAGGAGACGGCACCUCAGCACAAGCAAGCCGGAAGGAUGGCUGCGGCGGCCGGGAGCGGCGGCGGCGGCGUGGUGAAGCACCUCGUCAUCGUGCAGUUCAAGGAGGACGUGACCCCGGAGCGGCUGGACGGCCUCAUCCGCGGCUACGCCGGCCUCGUCGACAAGGUCCCCUCCAUGAAGGCCUUCCACUGGGGAACCGAUGUGAGCAUUGAGAACAUGCAUCAGGGGUUCACACACGUCUUCGAGUCCACCUUUGAAAGCACAGAGGGAGUCAAGGAGUACGUUUACCACCCAGCACACGUCGAGUUUGCAACUGAUUUCUUGGGUUCGACGGAGAAAGUCCUCAUAAUCGACUUCAAGCCGGCAGCUGGCAACUAAUGGUUUCGGCCAAGUGAGACACUGAGAGCUUCUGUUGCCGCCUGCCCUCGGUGCUGCUUGUUUGUGCUUUUGUUCGGAUUUCAUCUGGUAUUCACAAGUUUAUGUACCUUGUGCUAAAUAAAUCCGUUCGGCCUGUUGUAUCUGUUGAGAAUGGUGGCUGAAUUUGGUGUAGCUGUGUUGUGACAUUUUGUAGCACUUAAUAAUCAGAAUUCUGUGUGAAAGGUUCCUCUUA